AAGAGUCAGGACGGGCACCAAGAGAGGUACCUGCGGGUAUGUUGGGGCCUCCCGUGUUGCAAGUCGCUCUUUCUCAGCCAUAUAUGGGGGUAAUGGGCUGCAUUUGAACUUUCAAGGCUGAAAAACGGAAGUGGGGGAAUAAGCUUGGCUAGAGUGGCGUGGCAGGAACAGCACCGGGCCAAAGAGGCAUCGCCCCGGGCCAGAGCCGGAGCGGAGCAGUCACCGGCGCGCCGUAGGCAGCUGAGCGGGGGAAAUGCCCGGGCGCCGGCAUCGCUCCCUUGAAAGCCGCUGGAAAGGCGGUCCGCUCCGGUGACUGUGAAGGCAACGCGCCCGCGGAGAAAGAGAAAAAGGCCGCGAGAACAUGGCGUUGGGGCGGCGGCGGCGGCGGCGGGGCCCCCUCUCGCCUCUAGCCCGGGUCGUCGCCGUCGUGGUCGCCUGCUGGGCGCUACAGGGAAGAGCGGGCCGCGGGCUGCUGCUGCCGGGCCUUGAGGCGAAGGGCGUCGGGGAGCCGGCAGAGGCGGGCCCGUCGGGCUGGGGCAGCUCCGCGGAGCUUCCCGCGGGAGCUCCUGAGGAGACCGAGGCGGCGGAGGCGGCUUGCUUUUUCCACCCGGCCGAACCUAGCCUGGGCCUGCGGGUGGCCCCGGCCGCCUCGGUGCCUUCCUUCCGUGGCCCCGGCAACAACGACACGCGGGGCAACAGGGACCUGCCCAUCCUGCUGUGGUGGAGCGGGAGCCUUUUCCCUCACUUCCCCGGCGAGACGGAGCGCAUCGACUGCCCGCGGAGCUCCUGCUUAGCCACGAGGAACCGGCGGGUGAGGCUCCACCGGCGGACCCGAGCCCUCCUCUUCUACGGCACGGACUUCCGGGCGUACGAGGCCCCCUUGCCGAGGCUGCGCCACCAGGCGUGGGCCUUGUUCCACGAGGAGUCGCCCAUGAACAACUACCUCCUUUCGCACCGGCCCGGGAUCGGCCUCUUCAACUACACGGCCACUUUCCGUAGGGAGUCCGACUACUCCCUGAGCCUCCAGUGGCUGCCGGACUUGGCCUACCUGCGCCGAAGGCCGGCCUUGGGCCUGGGCGAGAAGGAGCGCUGGCGACAGCAGGGCCUGGCUCCGGUGCUCUACGUGCAGUCCCAUUGCGACGUCCCUUCGGACCGGGACAGAUACGUGCGGGAGCUCAUGAAGUAUAUCCAGGUGGACUCUUAUGGUAGAUGCCUGAACAACCGAGAGCUUCCCAGUAUGAGGCUGAGGGACACUUCUACAGCUACCACAGAGGACUCUGAAUUCAUGACUCUUAUCUCUAAGUACAAGUUUCACCUGGCUAUGGAAAAUGCCAUAUGCCAUGAUUAUAUGACAGAGAAACUUUGGCGGCCGAUGCAUGUUGGAGCUGUCCCUGUAUAUCGAGGCUCACCCUCAGUACAAGACUGGAUGCCUGAUGAUCAUUCCAUCAUUCUCAUUGAUGACUUUGGAAGCCCCAAAGAACUAGCAGAAUAUAUUGAUUUCUUGGACAGGAAUUCAGAUGAGUACUUGAAAUUCCUAGAGUACAAGAGUCCAGGUGGCAUUACAAACCAGUUCUUACUGGAAAGCAUGGAGAGGCGUGAAUGGGGAGUGAAUGACAUGACACUGCCUAAUUAUCUGAAUGGAUUUGAGUGUUUUGUCUGUGACAGGGAAAAUGCCAGAGUUAAAGCAGAGAGGGAGCAUAAGAAGACUCACGGGAAAUUGCUGGCUCCUGAACCUCAUAUAGCCCAGGUCGCACACAUGGGAUGUCCUCCACCAGCACCUGGAUAUGGAAAUAUUGAGGACAUUCCUGCUGGAGACAGCUGGAAGGAGAUGUGGCUGCAGGAUUAUUGGCAGAGCCUUGAUCAGGGUGAAGCGCUCACAGCUAUGAUUCACCACAAUGAAUCUGAUCAGGGGACAUUUUGGGAUUACAUGCACAAAGUCUUCAUGAAGAGAACUCAGCAAAAUUGACUGGUACUCAAGUACUUUUCAUUGUUAAAUGAAUGGUGUAGAACUUGGCAUUUAUCUCUACCCCGCUUGUUACCUCCCCGCAGUUUGAGAAGCUACCAUUGAUGAGCACUCUUUGAGUCCGAUUCUGUAGCCAAUUGUGGAUCCACCAAAUAGUUGUUUCAUCUAGCCCACUUUUAACUACUUUGCUGAUCAGACUAUCAUGUAGUACUUCGUCAAAAGCUUUGCUGAAGUCAAGAUAUAUUAUGUCCACAGCAUUCCCGCAGUCCACAAGGGAGGCUGGACAUCAGGAAAAACUUCCUGACUGUAAGAAUGAGAUCAGAUUAGCCUGGCAGGAUUUCUUCUUGACAAAUUCAUGCUGACGUCUAGUAAUCACUGCAUUGUUUUCAAGGUGCUUACAGAUUGACUUCUAAAUAAUUUGUUCCAAAAUUUUCCCAGGGAUGGGUGUCAGACUAACUGGUGUGUAGUUCCCAGGUUCCUCCCUUUUGCCCUUUUUGAAGAUAGGGACAACGUUAGCCCUCCUCCAGUCAUCCAGAACUUCACUACUCUUCCAUGAUUUUGCAAAGAUAAUAGACAGUGGUUCUGAGAGUUCUUCUGCCAGAUCCUUCAUUACUCUAGGAUGCAGUUUAUCAGGCCCUGGAGAUUUGAACUGGUUCAAAGAAAUUAGGUGUUGCUUGACCAUUGUUGAUCUGUGUCGAACUGCAAUCUUUCCCCUUCAUCUUGUACUUCACUUUUGCCUGGGGUGUCCCAGACCCUCUUUGGGAGAAAACUGAGCCAAAGUAGGAAUUUAGCAAUUCGGCCUUUUUGUUGUUUGUUAGA